AUGAACGCCGCCGUGUUUACCUCGGCUGCUUUGUCUCUUCCUACCUCCUUCUGUAAAACUAGAUCAUCUAAGCUCUCUAGAAAGAAGGGAGUGAAAGGAGAGUUUAGGGUGUUUGCUGUGUUUAGAGAAGAAAGUGGAUUAGUGGAGAAGAAGAGCCAGUGGGGACCUUUGUUCGAUGUGGAGGAUCCGAGAACUAAAGCUCCUCCUUAUAAAGGCAAGUUCUUGGAUGUAAAUCAAGCUCUUGAAGUUGCUAGAUUUGAUAUUCAAUACCUAGAUUGGCGUGCUCGCCAAGAUUUGCUUACCAUCAUGCUUCUUCAUGAUAAGGUCGUUGAUGUACUUAAUCCUCUAGCUCGUGAGUACAAGUCCAUCGGUACUGUGAAGAGAGAAUUAGCUGGACUGCAGGAAGAACUAGCAAAGGCGCACCAACAGGUUCAUAUAUCUGAAGCAAGGGUUUCAACUGCUUUAGACAAAUUAGCUCACAUGGAAGAAUUGGUUAAUGAUAGAUUGUUACCUAGUAAAGUUGGAACGGAAGCAGAUAGACCCUCCUCUUCAACCACUGCUUCUUCUGUCCAGUUAGACCGGGAAAAGACCGACAGGGAAAAGACAACCUUGGGUGCAAAAACCUUGGAUGUUUCUGGGCCGGUUAAGCCUUAUCAUCCAGGCUUGAAGAAUUUUUGGUAUCCCGUUGCUUUUACUGCAGAUCUCAAGAGUGAUACGAUGGUGCCAAUUGAGUGCUUUGAGGAACCAUGGGUUAUCUUUAGGGGAGAAGAUGGAAAACCGGGAUGCGUACAGAACACGUGUGCGCAUAGAGCGUGUCCUCUUCAUCUUGGCUCGGUGAACGAGGGGCGUAUCCAAUGUCCUUACCAUGGAUGGGAAUACUCAACGGAUGGGAACUGUAAAAAGAUGCCAUCUACGCGGUUGCUGAAAGUGAAGAUAAAGUCACUGCCUUGUCUUGAAAAAGAGGGCAUGAUCUGGGUCUGGCCUGGUGAUGAUCCACCUUCACCUACACUCCCUUCUUUACAACCUCCAUCAGGGUUUGUAAUCCACGCCGAGAUUGUAAUGGAACUCCCCGUGGAACAUGGUUUGCUUCUAGAUAAUCUCUUGGAUCUUGCGCAUGCCCCAUUCACUCACACAUCCACGUUUGCAAAAGGCUGGAGUGUCCCAAGCUUGGUGAAGUUCUUAACGCCUGCCUCGGGUCUACAAGGAUACUGGGAUCCGUAUCCAAUCGAUAUGGAAUUUAAACCACCUUGCAUUGUGCUAUCGACUAUCGGGAUCUCCAAACCUGGAAAACUAGAAGGAAAGAGCACUAAGCAGUGCGCGACACAUCUUCAUCAACUCCAUGUCUGUUUACCUUCUUCCAGAAACAAGACAAGACUACUGUACCGGAUGUCACUAGACUUUGCUCCAAUUUUAAAGAAUGUUCCUUUCAUGCAACAUCUAUGGAGACAUUUCGCUGAACAGGUCCUAAACGAAGAUCUGCGGCUGGUUUUAGGACAGCAAGAAAGGAUGUUGAAUGGUGCAAACAUAUGGAACUUACCGGUUGCUUAUGACAAGCUCGGAGUUCGGUAUAGACUAUGGAGGAGCGCGAUAGAUCGUGGCGAUGAUAAAUUACCCUUCUCUAAUUAA